AUGAAUGCCGCUCAGGCCGGGGUCUUUUGGUCGAACCAAUACCAUUCAUUCGACGACGUCUUGCCGCCCUAUCUCAAGGUAUACACAACUAACGAGCUGGAGACACUCGACUUUUACACAUUCUCGUCGGACAUGGUUGUUGGGUUCGCCAAGGAACAGGCACAAAUCCUCCGGGAACAUGCCCCAGAUCAAGCCAUCACAACCAACUUCAUGAUGCAGUUCACCGACUUUGAUCAUUACAAGUUCGCCAAGGAGGUCGGCGUCGAUGUUACUACGUUUGAUCAGUACGCUCUUGCUGGCCCUAGUCAAUAUUCAUGGCUGUCGAGCCAAGACCUCUUCGACACACUCCGCACGGGGCUUCCAGACUACCAGGCCUUGCACCAUGCUCUGUACAGGGGCAUCGCGGGCGCUGCAUACGGUGAGACCCAAGGACCUUUUGGAGUGAUGGAGAUGGAGCCUGGAGUACUAAACUGGAAUUCGGCGCGCGUGUCGCCGUGGGACGGCAUGGUCCGCCUGUGGACUCUUGAGACAUUCGCCGCGUCGGGCGAUAUCGUCGACUACUUCCGCUGGCGCCAGGUGCCAUAUGCACAGGAACAAACCCUCUCUGGUCUUCAUAUUUCAGACGGAAGCCAGGACGAGGGCUAUUUCCAAGUGCAAGAUGUUGCGGCGAAUGACCUUCCGAUCCUACGUCAGGAAUUCGGGGCAAACAGCACACAUGAGCCUCAGGGUGACGUGGCCGUGGUCUACGACUAUGCGUCUAUGUGGACCUGGGCUAUUGAACCACUUGAGCAUACAAACAUAGCGUAUGCUUUCUACUCGGCUCUGCGACGGCUCGGCUUGUCCAUCGACGUCAUCGGGCCAGAGCAGAGCCUGUGUCAGGGAGUUCUGCAAUAA